UUCAUAUACUACCCCCAUUUUUGCUAAAAAACAGACCGAACGCCUUUGAGUUAUUAGCUUAUUGUUAUUAAUAUAAGUAAACAUGGCUUCAUCCAUGGAUAAAAUUGUUAUAUCCAAUGAAGAGGAAAAUUCAAUGAUGAAGGCUAUGCAUCUUCCUACUGGUUUAAUCCUUAACAUGGUUUUGAAAGCUGUCAUAGAACUUGGCUUGUUUGAGAUCAUAGCAAAAGCAAAUAGUCAAUUAUCCUCCUAUGAUAUUGCAUCUCAACUUCCCACAAAAAACCCUAAAGCCCCACUUGUUCUUGAAAGGAUUCUAAGCUUUCUUGCUAGCCAAUCUUUUCUCACUUCCAACAUUUCCAAGGAUGAUGAUGGAAAAAUUCACACAUCAUACAAUUUGACACCUUUGAGCAAGAGUUUAAUAUCCGAUAAAGACGGAUCAUCUUUUGCUUCCUUUUUACUUUUGGCUACUGAUCGAGUAGCUGUUAAUUCCUAUUUUUGUAUAUUGUUAAUCUAUGUUGAUUGGAUAUAUUUUGACUUCUUGUUAAGGAUUCAUUUGAAAGAUGCAAUUCUAGAGGGUAAAAUACCAUUCAACAAGGCUCACGGAAUGCAUAAAUUUGGAUACCAUGGAAAAGAUAGUAGAUUCAAUAUGGUGUUCAAUAAAGCUAUGCAAAACAUCUCUUCCAUUGAAAUGAAGAGAAUUCUUGAGUCUUACACUGGCUUCCAAGGAGUAAAAGAGGUCAUAGAUGUGGGAGGUGGACUUGGGGUAUCAUUAGCUUCUAUAAUUUCCAAGUAUCCUAAUAUCAAGGGUAUUAAUUUUGACCUACCCCAUGUCAUCAACCAUGCAGGUAAUUUAUUUCCCUUAAUUACUCAGGGCUUUUUUCACUUUUACUCUACGCUUAGAGCAAACGCGUGGCCCAGCUUCCUCUCAAGUUCCCCUAUGCGAACGCGGCAUCUCCCACCCGUUCGCAUAGCACAGACUGGCAUAGAGCAUGUUGGAGGAGAUAUGUUUAAGAGCGUUCCUAAAGGGGAGGUAAUCAUUCUCAAGGCGAUACUUCAUGAUUGGGAUGAUGACCAUUGCCUGAAAAUUUUGAAGAAUUGUUGGGGAGCUUUACCAGAAAAUGGUAAGGUUGUGGUAAUAGAACAAAUACAGCUAGAAUAUCCAGAGACUAAUCUUCUCUCUAAGCAUUCAUUUGGUACUGAUAUGUUAAUGAUUACUGUGUUUAAUGGAGGGAAAGAAAGAACAAAGCAAGAAUUUGAAGCUUUAGCAAAAGAAGCUGGAUUUUCUGCUCUCAAAAUUGCAUGUCGUGCAUAUUAUUGUUGGGUCAUGGAAUUGUACAAAUGUUAAGUUAUUAUACUUAGUCGGAGGCGGAGCCGGGAUUUGAAGUUAC